GCUGACAUAUAUGUUUUGAAUGAAACGCGGUUGAUGGCAGUUCAAUUCUCAAUUUGUUUAUUUCAUUAUCAUCCUUUCUGCUACAAGUUUUGAAGUUUUCUGUCAGACAUCGUAAGGUAAUGUGACUCUAUAUUCAUUUAAGGACUGAAUUGUUGGUUUGCAUGUCCGUUUGCUGCCGCUGUUAGUUUAAUUCACACCACCGCGAGUUAAGGCAACUUAACGUUAAGUUAGCAAACAGUUAAGAUACUUUUUACUAUCCCGAACUAGAGUUAGCUAACAUACACAGGAUUUACGAGCAACAGCCUAUUUAAAAACAAAAUGUAGAGUAACUCUUGCGUUUAACGUGGGGCUGCCUACAAGUUAAUGCGUUAAAAGCCUAACGUUACUUCAGGUCCCCUGCCCGUACUGAAAAAAUAACACAGCUAAUGUCAAUAACUUCUUCACUUACGAUUUGUUUUUACUUUAUUUGUGUUAUUGGAAUUACAUCCAUAAUACUGUUUCACACAGCCCGUUAAUUAACUGAUCAGAUGACUCUCAAUCAUAGUUGUAAAAUCUUCCAAAGUCGUUGAAUUAAACAGUCUUGGAUGGCCUCGUAGGUCUGAUCAGAAUGAGGAAACCUGGCAGUCAAAGGGAUGGCAUGCAGUUUGUCUAUGGAGCAGAAAGUUACAACAACUGACAGUUUAAGAAGUAUGCAAAUGACAUAAAUAAAAAGGUAGUUCACAAGGUAUGACCCUACAAAGAAAGAUAAAUCAAUGUUCCAUUCUUUACAAGGAAGAUAGACCCACUUUCCCACACAAGGCAAAGUAAUGUUGGCAUAAACCAAGGCCAGACAAAUAACAAUGCAGUAUAAGGCCCCGUGUCUAAAAUUGUCUUAGUGGAUGAGAAGGCCUGCAUAAAAAAACAUCACCAUAGCCAACAAUGUAAAGUUGUAAGAUGUAAAGUUUGCUAGGUCAAAUUUUCCCCAGCAACAACAACAGAAAAGAUUUUGUUUAAAAAAAAAAAAAAAGUAACCCGAUUUCAACCCCAAUUUUUAUUUUUAAAGAUUUGCAAUAUGAUGAUUAUAUGAUGAUGAUAUGAUGAAAAAACAGAUUUGUAGUUUACAUAUGCCUUACUCAACCUGACUGUACCUUUGUGUCUUUGCACCUUUUUCCUUAUUCUUAGUAAUAAGAGUAUUUUCCUGGUACUUCACAGCAAUGUCCUUCAGGAAGUCAAGCUCCAGCGGGGAAGAGUUGGUAAGACCUUUGUCUUCCUUUGUGCACAGUGUAUGUUGUUAUAUAUAUGUUUAAAUAAGCCAUUGAUUAAUUGUUGUUUUUGUUUUUUAUUUAUUUUUGUCGUUUAUGUCAGCCAUUAAGCAAAUGUGGAGAGCGUACUCCCCUGAAAAGUCUGGAGAAUGAAAUGUUCGGUCUGUCAACUCCUUCAUCAAGGUUCAAAUCCAAGUCACUGCUCACUACAAAUGAAGUAAAAACAACAAAGGUAGGUAUUACAUAUAACUGGGAAAUGUUAUCAUUUUUCUAAUGGAGCUGUUCAUUUGUCUUAAACAACAUUUAUUUUCAUCAGCAGGGGGAUCCUCCUCUGUCUCCUCUAUCAGCCAAAGCGAUACAUAUCACUGAUGUCCCCAGUGAUACAACAUCUAUCCAUACAGCUUUUGGACUUGGAGAUGUCACAUUUAAAUCCUUUAUCUGUUCAGGUGGGGAGGUUGAGAUCGAAGGCUCUCCAGUGUGUGAAGAGGAGAUUAUUAUACUUCUCAAAAAUCAGGCUGUGGAAAAUCCUAGUAAAACAGAAGAUACAGUCCUCUUAGACAGCAUCAUUGUUCAGUCAUGCAGUGGCCACAUGGAGCAUCCCUAUUACAAGUCUGAGGUGAAUGAUGCUUCCCUGGCUGAGACUGACGCAGCAUGUAUUUCUGAUAUUUUAAACACCCCAGACUCAGGAGACUUGUCUGAAAAACAUGCUAAAAAAGAUUUACAGGAAACCAUGACCUGGAACUCUUCCGCCUGUGAAGGUAUUGAGGUUGUUGUUUCUGAUAUCACAAGUCUUCAAGAUGAGACUAUCCCUUUACCCCUGGAACAAGUUGGUGAGCCUUUGUCAGACAUCAGUGUAAAUCAAACAAAUCCUCCUGACUGUGGCCAACUAUCUGAAGCAGAACAUGCAGAUCAUCCCUACUGCAGCAGUGAAAAUGUAGCAAGUGAUUCUGAAAAGCCUGCUGAUGGAGUGAGUAAUGUCACCUUUAAAUCAUUUAACUGCGCUGGAGGUGAAGUUGAAAUUUCAGAGAGCACAACAUUGACAGAAGAGACAGUUCCUCUGCCAGCUGGCCAAACUGCAACCUGCUUUGAGUCAUGCAAUUAUGAUAUCGAUCCAAGCAUGUUACCAGGUGACCAAGAUGCACCAACGGGUGUUGAUCAUUUUGACCACCUGUACGGCUAUAUUAAAAAUUCCUUGUCAACGCAAGGUGAUGACCUUUCCAUUGCACAUGAACCAGUCAGUCUUCAUGCUGUGGAUGAGGUUAAAAAGACAAGCAUAGUGGUAUAUGACAGCCAGCCUGGUAGAGAAGACAGUAGUACACCCGGUUCUUUCACCAAUGUUGGAAUUGAAGUUGAGCAUUUUGACCGCACUCAAUUGUCUCACAUGACGCUCCCUCUUCCUGAUGGCCAGGCUGUGACUUGCCAACCACCACCAGAUGUUGAGUGUGUACCUACCGGUGUUACACAAGAUCAAACUCAAGAUAAUGGUGAACAUUUCUCCAGCCAUGUUGAAAACAAAGAUAUUGACCCACCAACUAAAAGUGCCUCUUCACAUUAUAACAAAUCUUUAAAGGCACUGGAAAAUGAAUCUUUCAACUGUCAAAUACAGGAAACACCAGAUGAGGACAGGGUAUUGCUUUCAGUGCUUCAUAAAACCAAUACUCCUCACAGCAGCCAUCCUGCAGAUUUGGCAGAUGCUCCUACGCCUUUAGAAGUGCAUAUGGAGCAUGCCUCUGAAUUGCCUUCUUCCAGUGGAUCUCAUGGUUUUAGUGAGGCAAAAGACAGUGCCCUUGGUUCAUCUGGCAACGUACCUGUUCUUUGUGACUCUGCAGACAAACCUGCAGAAACCCUCCCUGAUGUUUUGAGAGUGCUGUCAGACUGUCCCUCAGUUGCAUCAGCUUUACCCUUUGGAGCUCUCACUCCUGUUGUUAGGAGAGCCUCUCUUCUAUUGAGGGCUUGUAAAGAUCCUGAACUAGAACGAUUUUUGGCCGAUGCGUCUGUUGUUGACGGUGAGAAGAGCUUGGUGGCCCCUGUUAACUUCGACCCUGCUGGUUUGUGGGCAGAGCAUUUAGAGAGCCCCAUGCCACGUCCUCUGUUUAACUCUACAGCACUGUGUUGCAAGAUCCAGCAAGGCCCGCUAACUGAGCCAGUAGAGGACGUGGAACACAAGCCUUUUGCAGUGCCUCAAACUGAAGUAGAAAAACCAGCUCUGGAGACGCCUUUGAUCCCAGAUGGUCCCCUUCAACAGCAGCUUCGGCAGAUGGCAGAGUUUCUCCUCUUAGCGUCAGGAAAGAUGGGUCCUGCUGCUCUCUCUGCGCCUAUAUUUCCUCCUGCUGCCUCCACAGUCCUGUCAGUGCAAGCAACUCCUGUACAAUCCCACAGUGUCUGUGUGGGGACAACUCCUUUGAAACAGAUGGACCACAGUGUCAAUACAUCUGGCAAAUUUGAAAGAAAGAGGGAGUUCUCUGUGGAUGAUGCCUGCACUUUGACUGACCCUCUCUUGUGGAAGUAAGUGUUGAGUCUUGAUUGGUUAUUUAGAAGAAUGUCUGUUGUGAAUGUCUGUGAUUACAAUACGGCCUAUUCUUUCCCUUUUUUAUUGUAGUGUACCUCCUGGAAGCCUGGAGUCUCUCCCCAAACAAGAGCUGGAGCUGAGGUUAAGGUCUAGCAUUAUCAUGGUGGAGGCUCUGGUGCAGCAGUUGGCUGCAGCCAGGACACAUCCCCCUGCAGGCCCUGCUCCUUCAAACCUCAGAGAGAAACUAGUGCAGACAGACCACAGUGAACUCAGUCAGGUAAGAACACAUUCAGACACAACACAUUCUUUUUUGAUUAAUCACCACUAAGUUCUGCAAAAUGGGUUUUGUACUAAAGUUAUAAUGUGUUUUACACAGACCACAAUGCACAGAGACCUUUAUUUGGAAGCUCUGAACAGAAUUGGUGAGUUGGAGCUGGAUGAAAGUUCCCUAAAGCACGUCAUUCAGUGUAUGCAGGACAUGAAGGUCACCAUGGUAAGUCAACAAAAAUCCCCGAACACAAGUUCUAUGCUAAUAAAAUGUGAUGUUCUGAAUGAUUUCUGCAUCUGUAAAUAACUUAUUAGAAAUGAUGUGUGUUUUGAAUUAUUUAGUUGGUCCUGUGUAGAAAAAAGUAGAAUUGAAACUCCAAAUAUUGUUUUAUGUUUGACAAUUGUGUGUUGUUUGCCCAACAGACUACACUGAGCUGUGACACAGACGCUGCUCUUACAAGCAUGAAACAAAUAGGAGACAUCGUCAAAAAGGACCAUCAAAGCCUUGUGUCUCAUGUAUGUAUACAUGUGACCAAUACUUUUACCAUUCAACACCAAUUUCAUGCGUUCAUGUAGUCCAGCAGUCUAAAUGUUUUCCCUUUCCAGUACGGUCAGGUAAAGUCUCUAUUUGAGAAAACAAAGCAGACUCAGGCUGUAGUGAUGCAGAGGGUUAAAGAGGCUUUUCGUCAAAGAGAUGAUAUGAAGACACAGAUGGAGGAAGCUUUUUCAGCCAAAGAGGCGGUAAGCACUGUAUCAAGUCUCUUAAAUAUUAGCUGUGUAAGAUUGUUGCAUGUCUUGUGUCAUGUUUUUCCAACUAUUCUCAUCUUUAAAUAUUACUGGACAUAACAGCAGGUUUAAGUGCACAUUUUUAUGUGUAUUUUGCAUCACUGAAGUUAGUGUGAGCUUAACUUUGUCAUACUUUGUUGAGGGAAAGAUAGAAUACUGUACCAGAAACUCUGUGCUGAUGUUGAAUAACAGCACAGAGAGGUAAAGGUAUCGUACAAAAAAUCCUUGUUAUUUCUGUGAAGCACACAGUUUUGAUUCACUGUGCAGAGCUCAUACCAAAGGGAGAAUGUCUCAUGUUUGAUCAUGUCUGAGGCUACUAACAUGACUGUUGCUAUAAAAAAUGUUCCGUUUAGUCACACAAGUGAAAAACUAUAACCCCCAAACUAUAAUUGGCUUAAGAAAAGAAGUGAAUAAGUAAAAGACAUAAAAUCUACACAAAUUGUCCAGCUUAAAUUGAGUUAUAAUGUAAUAAGAGGUCAUUGUUAAUGUUUAUAUAGACACUACAGAGCUGAGGUAGAUCCACCAGAGCAGCUUCAAGUUCCAUUCUGCAAAAGAUCGUACUCUCAUGCAGCUUUUUUAUGAAAGUAGCAAUAAAGUGGAAUUUGCUUCCCGGUUACUCAAAGUUACAGCAAACAUCACCUGUUUUAGGAAAGCCACCAAGUCCUUGUUCAUUCAGACUCAAAGCUGUGUAUAAGUGGUUUUCUGUAGCCGUCACUGCUAAAUGGGUUUCAUUGGAGCUUGUGCCGGUUUUCCUUUUUGAAUAUUUCUAUUUACAGCUUUUAUUUUCACAAAAGCCCAUCUGGGGAUGGCAUCUACUAUGAGCUCUUAAAUACCUACACUGGAUGACUGUUUCCAGUUUCUCUGUGUUUGUUGUAUCUGUCUUUAUCAAGAAAACUAUAAAUACAUUAUUUGAUAGAGCACUCAUUGGCAUAGAUUACGUUUCAAUUUAAAAAACUGGAGAUAAUUCAUGCUUGUUAAUGUUGUUUUGCAGAGAUGUUUUGUAUUAUGGCUGCUUGGAUAAUACAAGAUUCAUUUAUGGUAAUAUAUUUGUAAAUUAGAAAUAUAGAGAUUGAAUGCAAAGCAUCUGAAAAAGCACUAAAUGAGUUUCAGUUGAUAAUAAGCUGGUUUAUAAGACUUUACUCAUGCGCAUAACAGUCUGAAACUACAAGUAUCGGCAAACCGUGGUGGUGUUUCAUCCUGUCAUAGAGGUAUGCUCAAACCUUUACAAGCCACCAGGUGUCACUGUGUUUGCAGAGAUUAAAGCGCACAGGCACAAUCACAAGUUUAAAUCAGACCCUACGAAUCAAAAUGUAAUAGGCCUCCUACUAGUUAAUGUUUUACUGAGAAAGACUGGUAGUUUUCCGGCUUUGAUUGGAUUUCCAGGUUCAAAAACUCUAUUACUAAAUAUUGACACUUGCUUCCAAUGUUAGAUUUUUACAAUUCUUUUUCAGUGACCUCUUUUGUGAAACUUCUCUGUCCAGGGAUGUGAAGUUUAUGUCUGCACAUCUUUUAACAGGCCUUUAGUGCAGUGGAGGGGCUGAGGACCCACUGUGCCACUGAGAUCUCAAAGCUGGAGGAGGUUGUUGGGUCCCAUCAAGAGCUGUUAGCUGCCCUGAACAAGACUUACCCCGAACAGGUGCACAAAACAGUUGAACUUAAUUGAAUCUCUUUAGAAAACCACCAGAAUGUGUAGUCUGAUUCUUUGCCUUAUCUUUUCUGGCACAGGUCGCAUUAAACAGGACUUACACCGCUACACUGGAUUCUGCUACUGAUGUUUUGUCAGCAACCAAAGAGGAACACUCCAGUUUGAUGAAAGAGGUAUGUUUGAUAUUACUCCGAUAAAAGUGGCAAUACAACUGUUUCAAAUAACAAACUCUUACAACAGCAGACAGUGUUUUGUCAUGUGAUCUCAUUAUUGUUCAUUUUCACACAUAAGUGCUCUUUGUAUCAUUCUCCUAUGUUGUGUUGAAUGCAAUAAUGCACUUUCUCUGUGCCCUUCUCACAGCUUUGCACAGUCAGAGGCCUGCUGCAUAAAGCUACUCCCCUUCUUUUGAAGCUGAAUGAGCGAGCAGCUGCUGCUCUGAGAGAGCGGGAUGAGUGUAUCUUUGAGAGAGACCAAGCUGUGGAAGAGAGAGAGCAGGUUUCUUAUCUAGUAUUAAACUGGGUUACCUAUUUCUCAACAGUUGAUUUCUGCUUGUUGCUAUAAUGAUGGCAAAUCAUGAAAAGGGUUAUCACUUUUUUACUCAACAGAUUGCAGAAGAAUGGAACCAAACUAAAUUAAAUCUCCAAACUGCCCGAGAAGAAAUCAGUGAUUUAAAUCUGCAGGUGACAAUUCUGACCUCAGGUAAAAUGAGAAAGUGUAAUUUGCUUUGGUUUUACUUUUUUUUCUCUUUAAACCCAUUUUCCUGCCUUGCCAUCCUGUCAGAUUACUGAUGCCUUUCUUUGCUAUGAAAUCAGAAAUGGGUGUGCUGCGUCAGAAACUAGCAGAAAGAGACGAAGAGAGGGGUCAGCUGGACAGGAAAGUCACUGAGCUUUCUGCCACUGUUUCCUCUACCUUGGCCUCCUACGCUUUCCUGGAGCAGGCUCUGGCUGCUGAAACCACAAAGUAAAACUCCUCAACCACACUCAAUUACUUUAGAUAGCACAUGUGCCUUUUUUGUUGUGAAGUAAAAAAUUAGGUACUUAAAAUUGUUGUUGUUUCAGACUGCAGCAGUCGUGGAAGGACAUCCAGCUGUCGAAGAACAGAGCCAGCGAGUAAGUGACUCUGAUUUUGGUCUACUUAUUAGAGGUGAUGGUUUGACUUCAGUAUGAAAUGGGUUGGUGGUUUUGUGUAAUACUGUUAACAAAAUCGGUGACCAAUCUGAAAUUUACCUUUAUUUUAUUUACGGUUGUUGUAAAUGCAUUUAGUAAAGUCAUGUGUCUUCUGUUUCACACAGUAUUCUCAGCCACAAACUUAUUUGUCCAUCUGCCCUCCAUGAACCCCCUCACAGUUUCCCAUUAGAGGGAAAAAUCUAUUUACUCUAAGAGUAUCCUCUUGUAUCUUGUGUUGCUUCUCAUUAGAUGAGUCUUAGAUAAGUACGUAGCUCACAAUAAUUUUUAUUUGUGAAGACCAAUUUUUAAACAAGGCGUCAAACACAGAGCCCUAGGCACAAAUUGUAGGUUAACGGAGAAAACUGACAACCUCCUUCAUGAUACUCAUAUAUAGUUAGUUGGUUCUAUAGUUAGAACCAUUUUAAGAAACAGAGAAAAACAAACUCCCUGCCACAUGUCUACAAAUACCUUAAACACUGAGGCAACGACUGCUACUGACGGUUUCUGUCUGGUUCUAGGCUGGAGGUGUCACUAACUGAGUCUGAGCAGCGUGUGUGUGAAUUGAGUCAGGCUUUGGCUCAAAGUGAGGAGCAGCUCAGUCAGCUGCAGGCCCUCUCACAGUCGCAGAGCAUGCAGAUCCAGCAGCUCCAGGAUGUUUGCACACAACUCAGUGGUGUCCGGGAGGAGAACGAGGUUUGCUUUGUCACAUACACCAUUUCAUCCUUAGACAGCUGCCAUGGUAAUACAAUAAAGAGCUCUCAUCUUGUGACCCAUUUUUUUGUGUUUGACAGAGAAAAAAUGUAGUCCUCCUUUAGAUUUUUCAUUUGGAGGACAUUUGUGAGGAGGAGACUCUUAAUGCUUGUAUUAUUAGAACAGAUAGAAAUACAGUUUUUGCAAGGGAUGAAAUGCUUUGUCCCUGCUACAUGAUUUAAAUGAUCAAAGUUAUGUACUGUUAUUUACCCAGUCUGCAGAUUUCUGGUUGAACUCUUUUGUUGUCUGUGUCCAUGUGUCAGUUCUUACAGAUGGAGAGUGAGCUUGCACGAGAGCAGAUGGCUGAGAGUGAGCGUGUGCUGAUGGCAAACCUGCAGGGGCUACGGGAGAGGAACUUCCAAUGUGAGGACCUCAAAGGAGAAAUUGUUCAACUUCAGUAAGUUCAUCUCCAUUUGGCUUAAUCACUCCAACUCAUCAUCUUAUGUCAUGUGUAUUGAUGCUUUUAUCACACCCUUCCAACAAGCCUUGAAUAAAAAAAAACAUUUUCAGGUAGAAAGUCAUGCAGCUUUAUAUGAAUCAAGUAAUUUGUGGACUAAAUGAUAACUUGUGUCUGUUGCAGGUCUGAGAACAGGAGUUUGCAAGAGGAGCUGGAAAACACAAAGUCUAAUGCCAGUACAAACCAGUUGGGUCUGGAAGAGAGACUGGCACAGGCUGUCACUGAAAUUACAGUAGUACAUCACACACUACGAGGACUGACCAAUAAGCUGCACGUGGCUCUAAAUGAGAAGGUACCUUAUGAAAAACAGCUACAAAAUAACCUAAUAUUCUACACAUACCACAGCCUAAAUUGUGAAAAUUUAUUUAUCUUAAAUUCAGUUCUGAGAGAGUCAUUUUAUUCAUUUACUCAUGACUUGGGUUGAUGCAAAUUACCGAUAUGGACAGAAACUAUCCUAAAAGAAAUAUUGAUAUUGUGCUCAAAACGAGUAUACAGUAAUACAGAGAGUUUAUAGUGGUAGCCCUUUGAGCUAGUUGCCACUCCCUCUGAGUGAUGAUCAGGCAUUUUUAAAACUUUCAAAGAUGAAUUGUGAAUCCCUUCCCCCCAAAAAAGUUAAGAGUUUGUGCCUCUUUGGAUCACUAAUCAACUGAAUAUGUGAGCAUUUAGACUGUUUUUUUUUUUUUUACCUGUUUUCUUUCAGUCAUUUAACCUAUGAUAUACACCUCAUAAUAAAAGCAUAAUUUUAGAAUGAAGGAAAUAAGAUAACCCAUACUCAAGAAACUUAGAAAAAAUAAAAGACAUUUUGGUGUCAGGGCUGGUGAUGUGGAGAACUCAUACAUUUAAAUUUCUUUACAAAUAGAUGAUGAUGUGGAUGAUAAAGCAUUUGUUAGUGAAGUUUAUGCAGUACUGUGAUGCCUCACCCUUGGCUUGCCUUUCCUCAUUUUGACUGAUUGUGUUGUUUCAAGUUAACUGGACUGUGACACAUUUUCAUGCAGCUUUAUGCUCCUUACUUUUCAGAAACCGGAACUGAUGAAGGACAGAGAGUCUCAGCAAGUCCACGGCGUUGACAGCAUCAUGAUUGCGUUAACUGCUGAGAAAGAAGAAGAUGACAAACAGGCAUCUCCUGGACCAGGUACUGAUGCUAACAUGCUUAUGUCCUCAAGAAACACUUUCACAUGCUGCUCCAGCUAUUAGACCUCUGAGUGCUGCUUAUUUACCAUGAAUGUUCUCAGGAGACAUAAAAGAAAUUUGUUAUAACUAAAUAUUUGUUCAUAUAGUAGUCGGGGAGACACACACUCACUGACUUAAAAACUGACGGCAGUGCUUGUGGUCAGUCUGAAUUGCUUCGUGAUCCCUCAGCUAAUCUGGUUUGAACUCAGCGUAAACACUCGCACUGCAGUUUAUUUAAUCUGAUUUUGUGCAAUCAAAUGAUUUUGUUUAACAGAUGCAAAUAGGAUCUGUGAGCACUGAUGCAUAGAAAUUCACCUGUUACAGCUGCUGACCUAAAUAACUACAUACACUGUUCAGCAGACCUGUGUGCUACUUAGACUUUACUAUUAAAAAAGACAGAUGAAGAAAUUAUCUGCAAAUUUUGCAAAUAUAACUCUGGUGACCCUGCUUUUAAAGGUAGGGCGUAUUUUUUAAGACGUGCUCUCAGCCCUCAUGGUUAAAUUUUCUGCUCAUCCCGUCAAGUUACCACAUCUCUGAACAAAACUGAGCGGAUCUAAAUUGAAAACUAGGCACUGACGGGAAAAACUUUGGAUGAAGCCAAGAAAAGGUUCUACUUCCAUCUUCUGACUUUUGACAAUCAGCUACGUUGUGGUUCACUGUCUCCUCAGACACCUCAGACAUGCCCGAGCCCCAGCGUGAGACUUUGUUCAGCGAGACAAGUGCCUUCACCCGCAUCACAGCAGUAACACCUAAAAAGGGUUUAAACACAGUCGAACUUGAGUCCGAGGAGAACGAGCAGAGCAGCGAGGCGGAGCUGCUUGCUAGCCUGAGCAGCACAGUCACAGAGCUCAUCAGCAACCUGAAGCUGAUAAAAGAGCGUAAAGACGCUGAGUUGAAGGAGUUGCACUCCACUGUGUAAGUAUACUGCUGUAAAGUUGCUGCAUUAGGCUGUGGUGAGAGUGAUCUUUUUUCCUUUUGGAACCCCUGUCCCUGUUUAUUUUAGGUGGAGCAAACAUUUGCUGACAGUUGUAAAUUUUGGAGUUUUAUGGAUAUGUACAUUGACUCCUUACAAUCAGAGUAAAAUAAAGGACCAAGACAAGUUUUAGGAGCUAUGGUGCAGCUCUCAUAUUGAAUGUUUUUGUUAAAAUGAUUUGUCCAAAACCUCACAUUGAAAGUGAAAAGAGAAUAACUCACAAUUUUGAACCUUAAAAAGUACGUUUUUGCAUUUUUGCUCCACAAGUGGAAAAAAAAGUCAAAAUUGAACAGUCAAAAUAAGAAUAAGAAGUCUCACUAUUAUCUGAAGCAUGAUCAGAUGACAUGCUGUAACUGUGAGCCUCCAUCAGAACAAAGGGACUGAAUUGCAUCUUUUGUUUGAAGAUUUAUAUUUAUGACUCAAAAGUGCAGAAGUUAUGUGAAACUUUAACCCAUGUUUGUAGUUGUGUCGUUAAACAUUUACAUUUAUGUUGUUCCAGCUGUGUCCUGCAGGGGGAGCAGCAGGCUGCAAACAGCAGGCAUGAGGCCGAGUUGUUUGAGCUGAAGCGUCAACUUCAUCGUCUGAAUAGCCUUGUUGAGAAGGGCAACCAGGCCCUACAGCAGAAAGCUCAGGUCAUGACACUGCACAUCCUAUUGUUGUUUUUGUUUAACAUUAAUGUUGGAAAGACUUCAAAGGAUCAAAGGAGGACGCUGGCAGAGUGGGAGAAAAGCACUGAAACGUAUCAUUAAACCUUUUUUUUCUUUUUUCAAAACAGGAUGAGGAUACGGUGAUGAAGUUGAUGUCAGACGUUCAAGAAGCCCAGGAAAUUCUGAAUAAACACAAGACUGAAAACAAUGUAAGAAAAAUAUCCAUCAACUUGUAUCCAUUAACGUAAGUCAUUUGGCAUAAUAUAAUUGUUUUUUUUACUAUAUUAAUUUUUGUAGGAAUUGCAAAAGGAGGUUGUGGAGCUUCGUCGUUCUCUCCAGUAUUCAAAGGUGGAAUCUAAGUUCCUACGGGAAGAGUUGAAAAAAGUUGGAGGCCAAUCAGCUAACCCCACAAAUGUCAUGGAGGAGAAAAUCCAGAUACUAAAAGAGGUAUUACAUUCAUAUCUUUAGUCUGAAAGUUGACAAAUACAGUGUAUUUAUAGCCUUGAACUCUUUAGGCUAUAAAUACAAAAACACCAGGGAUUCUAUGCUAAUUUUACUCUGACGCUUCUCUUUGAUUCCAUCCGUAGGUGGAGAGACUAAAGCUGAAACUGCAGGAAGUGGAGCAGUCCAGAGUUAAACUGCUAGACAGGGCAAAAAGACAUGUAAGUCUCUUUAAACACUGAGGUAGUUAAUUAUUUAGCUUCCCCUAUAUCAGCAAAAUAAAAAAGCUUUCUGAUUAUGAAGAUAGUCGUAAGCUGAAAACAGUCAUUUUUAUUUCCCAGCAAAUCAUUCAUCAGACCAACCAGCAAAAAAGUGAGAAUGAACUUCAGAUGCUGAGUAACCUGGUUAAUAGAGUAAGAGAGGUAAGAGAUGCUUCAUCCUCCAUCUCUAAUAAAUACUGUACUUGUGCCAUUGUUUUUUGUGUUACGAGUGUUUUUCUUUUCACAGACCUUGCUGUCUUUGCCAGAGGUGGUGAAGAAAUCUGAGCAACUCCAGCAGCUUGUUGAAUACAUUGGCUGACACUUUUAUUAUUGUUGUUUUCUUUCUCUGGAUAUAUUUAUGUCUGUUAUGUUUUAGUUCAUCCUGAUUGAACUGUUCUAGUAUAUUAAAUGUUCUAAAUCUA